AUGAUCAAUUAAAAGAUUGAAGAUUAGUAAAAUAUCAGAAUUUAAAAUUGUUUAGUGGCUGAAUAAAAAAUGAUAGCUGAUUAGUAAGUGUCUCUUAAUAUAAUUAGAAUUGAUUUUACAGUUUAUGAUUACCUCUAGCCUGAAACGAUGUAUUUAUUAAAUGAUUUACAUAAGAAAGAAAAUUUGUCUAAUCCAGGCAUAUUGUAGAAUGCUAUUAAAAAAAAAAAAAUUUAAAUUAUUGAAAGUCUGGGCUGUUAAAAGAAGAAAAGUUUAUGAAGAACUCAUUUAAACUGAAACCACAUAUUUGGCUGAUAUGAAAAUUGUUCUUGAAAAAGUUUUAAAAAAUGUGAAAGAAUUGAAGCUAUUACCAGAGAAUGAAAUAUAAAAAGCCUUUAGCAAUAUAAGUUAAAUAUAUGAUUUAAACAAAACCUUUUUAAGAGAAUUAUAAAGUAUUCAAUUUAUAUAUUAUCAGAAAAGCUAGAGUUUUAUCAUAAUAAUGUAUGUGUAGGUCAAAUAUUUUUAAAGUAUAUUCCUUUUUUCAAGAUGUAUUUUCAAUAUUUGCAAGAGUUCAACAUCGAUUAAAUAUCAAUUUUAAGAAAUUAGUAUUAAGAUUUCGAUAAUUUCUUAAAAAAUUUAGAAGAAGCUUGUGUAUUUAAGGGUGGUGAUCUGAAUUCUUUUUUGAUAAAACCUGUCUAAAGAUUACCUCGAUAUUCUUUAUUAAUAACAAGUGUAGUAAAAUACACUUGGAAGGAUCAUCCUGAUUAUUAAGAUUUAUAGAAAACAUUGAAUUCUUUUGCUUCUGUGACUCAGUAAAUUGAUUUGCUUAUGGGAAAGUAAUUUAAUUCUUGAUAUGAAUAUUUUAGCAUCCUCAAAAAUUAAGCCCUAUUUGAACUUUAAUACAAGUUUUUUAAUCUGAUUAAUGUGCAAAUUGUGGAAUCCACUCGAUAAUUUAUAUUGACUGAGUCUUUAAGCAUGAUUAAUGAAGGGAAAGAAGAACCAAUAAAUUUAUAUUUAUGUACAGAUCUUAUUGUAUUAACAAAAAUAAAUGAAGAAAAUUAAAAAUAUAUAAAGGAAAGUUUGAUUACUUAUUCAUUUUUGGAUAUAUAAUCUCAUUAUGAAAGUGAGUAAUUGCCUUCUUUAAUUUUUACUUUAUUUUCUGGCGAAUAAAAAAUGGUGUUCGCUUGUUAAGAAUAAGAAUAAAAAUUAAAACUAUUAUAGGAAUUAGAUGCAAUAUUGGCUAACCUGAGAAAUAAUGCAUCCAUAAGGAGUUUCAAAAAAGCGAAAACAUAAGCUUAUUCUCUAAUAAAAGUUUAAAUAGUAUCCAUAACUAGGGGAUAAGAACUUUUGAAAACCUAUGCUUAGUACAAUUUAAUAGUAAUAGAUGAAUUUUAAUGAUUAGAUAAUCAAUAAAUCCUAAAGUUAUGCAACCUAAACAAGACACAAAGUUCUAUUGAAAUUGCAGAAGAAGCUUUAAAACGAGUUUUAGAAAGAAUCACAAGAGGAAUUGGGAUCUAGUAUUUUGUUCUAAAAUUGGAUAAAGAAUAGAUUAAACAAGGAGUCAAAUGAUGGAAGGAAAGUUAUUGUUUAGGAGUUCUUGGAAACUCUGUUAAACUCUCACUUAGUAAAAACUAGGCCAGAAUACUUUCUUCGUAAACUUAAACUACCAUAGGAUUUCUAUGAAAGGAAUGUUAUCUCUUAGAGUAAGUACAAAUAUCUAGCAAAAUCUUAAAUAGGAUGAACUGAA